CGCCAAGUCUGUUACCGUUGGCUGUGUGACUGGCGUCGUCGCCAUCAACCAGCUGUUCCUGCAAGUGAUUUAACCCUUUGAAGUGCUGCUGGCAUUGUUCUGCCCUGUCCGCACAUCCGCGAGCACCCGUUCGUCUACUUCCACCGUUUGCUGUGUUAUCGUACGUUGAAACUGAGAGAAAAUGGGCCAUUAUCGACUUCGAAUAGACGGUCAAACAUUCAAAGAUGCGAACAAUCGGGAAAUAACCUUGAGAGGGAUCAACGUCGCCGGCGAGUCGAAAUACCCCAAGAAUCCGGACACUCCUUCAUAUGUCUCCGAUAGCUUCUUCGAUGCGGACAACGUCUCCUUUGUUGGUCGACCCUUUUCUCUUGACGAUGCACACACCCAUUUUGCCAGACUACGCACAUGGGGCUACAAUACCAUAAGAUAUAUUUUCACAUGGGAGGCGAUUGAGCAUGAAGGGCCAGGGAAAUAUGACGAUGAAUGGAUCGCAUUCACCAUCGAAGUCCUUCGUAUUGCGAAGCAGUACAAGUUCUUCGUCUUCCUCGAUCCGCACCAGGAUGUGUGGUCCAGACUAUCAGGGGGAUCUGGUGCUCCCGCCUGGACCCUAUAUGCGGCAGGUUUCAACCCCCGAUCGUUCAAGAAGACCGAAGCAGCCCUGGUGCAGAAUACGUACGACAACCCGGCCGAAUUUCCGAAGAUGAUAUGGAGUACCAACUAUACACGACUGGUCUGCCAGACCAUGUUUACUUUGUUUUGGGGAGGUCGGGACUUUGCCCCCAAGGCCAUCAUCGAUGGCAUGAACAUCCAGGACUAUCUGCAGGGUCACUUCAUUGCAGCAUGCAAGUACUUUGCUGAAAAAAUUCAUGAGGCUGGGGAUAUCGAAAGCGAAGUGGUCAUUGGAUGGGAGAGCAUGAAUGAACCUCACAGAGGUCUGAUUGGAUUCCAAGAUAUCUCUGUGAUCCCACCUGAACAGCAACUUCAACUGGGCACAUCGCCUACUGCUUUCCAGGCUAUGCUGACCGGUUCGGGACGCGCAUGUGAGGAGACAACCUGGGCCUUUGGCGGCUUUGGCCCUCAUCAGACCGGCAGAGAAUUGGUGGAUCCAGAGGGCGAAAUCGCUUGGUUGCCAGACGACUACGACGACGAGAAAUACGGUUGGAAGAGAGACUCGAAUUGGAAGCUGGGAGAAUGUCUAUGGGCCCAGCAUGGUGUAUGGGAUCCGUCAUCGGACCAGUUACUGCGAAAGGACUAUUUCGCCAAACACCCUCGAACAGGUGAACCACUUAACUACGACCUCUUCACCAAUACAUAUUUCAUGGAACAUUACCGGGCUUACAAAGAUGCUCUUCGGAGCGUGUGGCCGGAUGCAAUCAUGUUUUGUCAACCCCCUGUCAUGGAGGUUCCGCCCAACCUAGAGGGAACGGCGGACGAUGACCCUAAUAUGGUGCAUGCAGCUCAUUACUAUGAUGGACUCACUUUGUUGACGAAGCACUGGAAUCGACUAUACAAUGUGGAUGUAAUUGGGGUACUUCGUGGCAAGUACCUCACACCAGCCUUUGCCAUCAAGAUUGGAGAGUCGGCGAUUCGCAAUUGCUUGCGUGACCAGUUGAAGUUUCUACGGGACGAGAGCUUGAAAUAUAUGGGCAAUCACCCCAUGGUUUUCACAGAGAUCGGCAUUCCCUAUGACAUGGACGACAAACAUGCCUACAAGACGGGUGAUUAUAGCAGUCAGGUCAGCGCUAUGGACGCCAACCAUUUUGCACUGGAGGGCAGUACGGCAAAUGGCUUCACAUUGUGGCUUUAUACUACCACGAACAAUCACGAAUGGGGCGACAACUGGAACGGGGAGGACUUAUCGAUCUAUUCGGUCGAUGAUUUCGAGCUUCCCAGUGGGAAAUACUCUGACUUGGAAACUGACUCUCGGGUAGAGACUGACCCUCACUCACCAGCAUACUCCGAGAGUCAAGGUAGUAUUCAGCAUCAGUCGAUAGGGCCUGACAACCUGAAGAGUGCGCUGUCGGCUCCCUCUAUCACUUCGGAGUUCAGUCAGUCGAACGAGGACAAACUUGGGUUCCGUGCGGCAGAGGCCUUCAUCCGGCCGAGUCCAAUCUUCACCAGCGGCCUGGUUUCGAAAUAUACGUUCGACCUCAGGAACUGCACAUUCACGCUGUCGCUGAUUGGAAAUGAAAGGUCGCUGAGCGAGGAGACUGCGACCGAGAUCUACCUUCCCGAGUUUCACUUCCCAGGAGGGCACACUGUUGUCUCCGUCAGUAGCGGAGAAUGGACCAUUGACUCGGUUGAGGUCAACUCAGUCAAGGUACAACGGUUGUGUUGGUGGCAUCCGGCGGGGGCUCAUGAUAUCAAGAUUCAGGGGGUCAAACGUAAGCCAGGCGAGUCUGCCACCUCGUCGAGUGAUGAGCUGUCGUAUCUAGAGCAAUGCCAGAGCAGCGGAUGCAGCGUGAUGUGAUUGUCCUUGAUUGGCGUGGGUUCUGUGUUUCUGUCUUCUUUGCUAUGCGAGCGCAUUUUGUGGUUGUUGUCACAUUUGUUUUCUGAGAUCUUGGAUCGAGUAAGUCAUGCCGGUAUAAUUACUCGAAUAUGACGCCAGCAAUGGCUCGAAUAAACAUGCACCCGUGAG